AUGCUGCGCGAGUGCAAGUACACGCCUCGCAGCACGAUGGAGAUGCUGGGCUUCCUGGGCUGCCAGCGGCCCCCUGGGCCCUGGGCCGACUUGCCGCGGACGAUCUGCCGGCAGAUCGGCGAAUAUGUGCUGGAACCCCUCGUCUGCGAGUUCGUGGAAUGGCAUGCCAUGUCCAUCGUCCGCGAGAAGCGGACGGUACUGGACUUCGGCCUCCGAUUGCGGACGGCACUGCCCCUGUACAACAGCGGCGACGGCGGUGUCGCCAUCUGUGGGCCGGGUAUCGAGCGAUGCACAGGCACUUGGAUCGUCGAAAUGGUCUUUUCUUCCGCCUACAUGCUGGACGGCUUCUGCCGAGCUGAUCUCGGCCUAACGCUUUGCAGGGAGCUGACCGAGCGGUGCGGCUCGGGUAUCUGGUGGGAGUCAGGCGAUGGGGAUGUCUUCAUCGCUGGUGAUGCAGGCGGCGUGGGCGACGGCGACUCCAAAGAGGGUGGCUGGAUAGGUGGCGACCUCGCCGUGGAGACAGGAGUGCUACCGACUUGGUUCCAGGAAGGCAGCAAAGUCGGCCUAGUCUUGGACACGGACCGGGCAGUGCUUGGCUUCCGCAAGGAUGGAUGUCUGCAGCAUUUCGAGUGGUCCGUGCCAUCACAGGCAUGGCCAGUCCACUUCGGCGUCAGCUGGAGCGCAGACACGGCCGGCCGCUUCCGACUGCUUCGCCUCGAGCGGUUUUCCCUUGGUGGGGCGGAGGCAGAAAUAACGAGGGCGCUGCUUCACGCCUGCAGCAGGAAUGAUGUCGCUGGGGCGGUCGCUGCCGCUCGCAGACACCUCCAAAGUGGGGCAGUGACUCCUGAGGUGCUUGCGGCGGUUGCAGAGGUCGCAGGCAGAGAAGCUUGCGAGGCUGUGCUGUCGACGUUGUGUCGCGGACCGCUUCCGCUUACCGAAGCCCUGGCUGUGCCCUUAACAAGGAGCGGUCGCGAGCGUGUGGCUCUGCAGCUCGCUCCAUGGACGUCCGACAUUGCCAGCUUCGAUCUGGCGCUCUCGAAACAUCUUCCUGGCAGCCCGAGCUUCCGUACGCGCCUGGCGGGACGCUAUCCCCGCUUCUGGCGAAGGUGGCUGAGACGAAUCUGCUGGUGCAGCGCCGGCUGA